CAAUCAGCAUCAUUCUGACUUUGAAGCGUUCAGCCAUAAUCCAACGGAUGAUAGCUUCGGGCCAUUGCCUGCUCAGGCAGGCCCAAAUACCAGUUAUCCGAAUGAACGGUUUCUCUCGUGCUAAGUUCAUUUACUAUUGCAAUACUUUAUCGAUAGGAUAAAUCUAACUUGUCUCACGACGGUCUAGACCCAGCUCACGUUCCCUUAGUGGGUACACAAUCCAACGCUUACUGAAUUCUGCUUCAGUAUGGCGAGCGCGUUAUUGGCUGUAGAUCUGGCGUUGGUCGCAGCGGUGGUGCUGGUGAUAUCGGCCAGGAAAGCACAAUCCAUGCGCAAAAAGACUGGCAAUGACAAAAACUUUCAAGCAAGCGGAAAGACAUCCGCCGAGUCGACCGGCUUUGCUGAUUGCACAGCGGGAGAAUCGACCGUGGCAGCGGUAUCCAUCAUACUGUGGUUUGACGGCGCCUUGAGUUUAUACGCUACGGACGCCAUGGUCAUUAGCUUUUUGCUCGCCUCGCGGAAGCCCAAAGGCGGAAUGGGCUCGCCCACAGCGCCGCGUUGUUCUAAUAGCCGCAUGUUUAUCCUGCUUAAGCCUUGCACGUUUUGGAUAAAGGUAUUUGACACGGUGCCGUUUAGAGUAGCACUCCAGGUGAUGCUUCUGAUUGGCCCAUGGAAACCUUGA